AUGCCGUGUUUCAUCGACGUGCAAGACAAAUUUGGGCCCGCCGUCGCUGCAACCUGUUACCAUGGGUUCGACUUUACUCUGCUCUUUGAGGACAUCUUCUUGUGCAUCGUGCCCGCCGCCGUGCUUGCCAUUCUCGCCCUAAUACGACUGAGACGUUUGUUCCGCCGCCGAUCAGUGUUUCGGCCAAGCCUCUUGUACUAUUCCAAGCUUGCCGUACUCGUAGCGUUGCUCACCGUCCAGCUGUUGCUGCUGGUCCUUCUUUGCGUGCCCGGACUCGUCCCCAAGACGCGCGCUUCUAUUCUGGCUGCUGCGCUGGUCCUGUGCGUUGGCUUCUUGUGCCUGGCCUUGUCCCACCUGGAGCAUCUGAAGAGUGUCCGUCCAUCGGCGCUGCUGUCACUGUACUUUGGUCUGACCCUCCUCCUGGACCUCGUCCGCGCGCGAACACUAUGGGCCAUUCAAGGUAACCGGCCUUUCUUCAUUGCCUUCUCGGCUGGCUUGGGCUUCAAACUGGCCUCGUUGGUCGCUGUGUCGCUCGAGAACAGAUCCGGCCGCGGGCCCCGUGAGACGGCGGGCAAUGUCUUUACUCGCGGCUUGUUCUGGUGGCUGAAUCCUCUCCUCUGGCGGGGAUUCUGGCACGUCCUCGACGUCGAGAGUCUGCCGGCCAUCGAUCCCGAGCUGGGCACGCCGGAGCUGCACCGUCAGCUAUGGGCUCGCUGGCAGUGCUGGCCUCACAAGACGGCCCGAGCCCUGCUUCAACUGCUCUUGUCGGCGCACAAGAACAGCGUGUUACAAGGCGUGCUGCCGCGCCUGGCGCUCUCAGGCUUUACGUUUGCGCAACCAUUCCUGGUCACUCGCGUCAUCAACUUCGCCACGGCGCCCGACGGUCCAGACAGGAGGCUUGACGUCCAGGUCGGCAACGGCCUCAUUGUGGCUACGGCACUCAUUUACGUGGGCCUGGCCGUCUCCAAUGCCAACUCUCAGCACAAGACGUACCGCGUCAUUGCUCGCCUUCGGGCAAGCCUCGUCUCUCUCAUCUACUCCAAGACCCUUGGCGUGUCCAUUCCCACGGCCCAAGAAUCGUCGGCUAUAACAUUGAUGAGCGCCGACGUCGAGCGUUCGGGCUCUGGGCUAAGGUUCAUGCAUGAGGCAUGGGCCAGUCCCGUUGAACUCGGUCUUGGCAUCUAUCUGCUUCAGCGCCAGUUAGGCCCGGCAUCCGCCGCACCCGGAGUUCUCUUCCUACUUUGCAGUGCCGCUGGCCUCAGGGUGGCCGCCAGCAUGGGUCGACGCCAGCGCCUAUGGCUCGAAGCCAUUGAGCACAGGAUUAAAGUCACUUCGGAUGCGCUGUCCUCCAUCAAGGAGGUCCGGAUGGGUGGACUCCAAGCACGAGUGCAAGAUCAACUGGAAGACUUGCGCAACCGCGAGAUCAAGGCUUCACGGCCCUUCAAGAAUGCUCUGGCUCUGAUAGUCUGCUUGUCCUACACAACGGCCGCCAUGGGUCCCGUCUUGUCCUUCGGGAUCUUCUCCCUGCUAGCCAAGAAGAACAACACGGAGCCUCUCACGGCCGACCGGGGAUUUACUUCUCUCGCCGUCUUUUCGCUGCUGCGCGCACCGAUGGCCAUGAUUCUCGACGCCAUCGCCGGCCUUGUUGCAUCUUUGGGUGCCAUUCAACGCAUCGGCGAGUAUCUGGCAACGGACAACAAGGGCGGCGAUGGACAUGACCCUAUUGUCACGGCGACACGGUAUAGCGCCGGAUGGGACCGAAACCGAGGAUUCAUACUUCAAGACAUCACCUUGUCGGUCCAGCGCGGCUCCCUAACCUUUGUCGUCGGGCCAGUGGGCUGUGGCAAGUCGACGCUGCUCCUUUCCAUGCUGGGGGAGACACCCAUCAGCCACGGAGAGCUGCACACGUCGUUUGUCCGCGCAGCGUACGCCGGCCAGUCGCCGUGGCUCAUCAGCGACACGAUACAGAACAACAUUGUCGGCACUGGCGGGCUGGACAAAGACUGGUACCGUCAAGUCGUCGACGCCUGCGCACUGCGAGACGACAUCUCCCGCAUGGCGCGGGGUGACGAAGAAAUGGUCGACGGCGGCGGCUCCAACUUGAGCGGAGGGCAACAGGCCCGACUGGGUGUUGCUCGCGCCGUCUACUCGCGACAGCCCGUCGUCCUGCUUGACGACGUCAUGAGCGGCCUCGAUGCGCGUACCGAGAACACCCUCUUUAGCAAUCUCCUGGGACCCCAAGGCCUGUUGCGUGCCAGCGGCCAGACCACCAUUGUCGCAACCAACGCCGUCCAUCGCCUGUCGGCGGCAGACCACAUCAUUGUCCUCUCCGCCCAAGGAAAGAUUGUCGAACAAGGCUCCUACGAACAGCUUCACUCGGUAUCCAAGCAUGGCCAAGUGGACAAUUCCGAGCGUGACGAACCGGGACAGGCUCUCUCCAGGCCCCCUGACAUGGCAACGAGGCGUGUCGCCUCAUUGCAGCCGCCAGCUCAGCCAGUGACGGGCUCCCAACGACGGAUCGGCGAUGUCACCGUCUACAAGUACUAUGUUGGCGCCGUGGGGUUCUGGAACUUUGCUCUCUUCCUCUUCUGCGGAGCAGUCUUUGUCUUUUCCCUGAUUUUCCCGCAGUACCUGAUGAGGUGGUGGGCGCAAGAGAACGAGCGUCAAGCCAACGGCAAGCUGGGCUUCUAUCUGGGCACCUACUUGGGCCUCGCGUGGCUCGCCGUCUUGGGUCUUGGGGCAGGAUGCUUGCAGCUCGUGGGCAAUAUGAUGCCGCGAGCGUCGGCUUGCUUCCACACGGCGCUCUUGCGCACCACACUCAACGCACCCCUGUCCCUGUUUGCCGGGAGCGCCAUGGGCGACCUCGUCAACCGCUUCAGUCAGGACUUGCAGCUCAUCGACAUGGAGCUGCCGCUGGCUCUGUUCAACACGUCGAUUGAGAUGCUGUCCAGCGUCGCAAACUUGCUUGUCAUUGCCAUUGCGGCAAAGUAUCUUGGUGCCGCGUUGCCGGCGGUGCUUGCCGUCUUCUUUGUGGUGCAAAAGUUCUACCUACGGACGGCGCGGCAGCUGCGACUCCUCGAUAUCGAGGCCAAGGCUCCUCUCGUCUCGCAUUUUCUCGAAACGGCUGCAGGUCUUGCCGCCAUUCGAUGCUACGGGGCCGAGGCAGACUAUCAACGGCGAUGCAUGGACAAGCUGGACUACUCUCAAAAGCCCAGUUACUUGCUGUACUGUGUCCAGCGCUGGCUCAACCUUGUUCUGGAUCUCAUCGUUGCGGGCAUCGCCGUUGUCUUCAUUACCAUCGCCAUCAAGGCCAAGGGCCAUAUCGACCCCGGCCUUGUUGGCACCGCGCUCGUCGGCAUCAUCAACUUUAGCGUCAGCAUCAAAGCUCUGCUUGAGAACUGGACCAAUCUCGAAAUGUGCCUUGGCGCCGUCUCCCGCGUCCGGUCCUUUGCUCUCGAUACCAAGUCGGAGCACAAGGCGGGUGAGGACCAAAGACCGCCGUCCGACUGGCCUGCUCAAGGUCACAUCGCCUACAAGGGAGUUACAGCUGCGUGGGAAGGCAAGGACCAGCCAGCUCUUAGGGAGAUCUCCUUGAUUGUCGAACCCGGGCAAAAACUGGCCGUAUGCGGCCGCACCGGCGGCGCCGGAACCAUCACGGUCGAUGGCGUCGACCUCACCAGCGUGCCUCGCCAAGAGAUCCGAGAACGCUUCAUCUGCGUUUCCCAGACACCCUUUCUACUAACCGGCACGGUUCGCGACAACGUCGACCCCUUUUGCGUCGCCAGCGACAAGGAUGUUCUCAAGGCGCUCGACCAAGUCCAGAUGCUAGACGUGGUUCAGAACCUAGGUGGACUGGACGCCGUCAUCGACAGCGGCACAAUGUCUAUAGGCCAGAAACAGCUCCUCUGCCUCGCGCGCGCCACGCUCCGCCCAGGCUCGAUCCUCAUUCUUGACGAAGCCACCGCCUCAUUGGACUGGGACACAGAUGCCAUCGUCAAGCAGGUCAUCCGCUCCGUCUUUCACUGCCACACUGUCAUCGCCAUCGCCCACCGUGUGUGGAGCAUCGCCGACUACGACCGCGUCGCCGUCAUCGUAGACGGCCGCGUCGCCGAAUAUGGCCCGCCGGCGGAUAUCCUCGGAGACCUGGACUCGGCUUUUGCUCAGCUCUGGCGCAUCGGCGCCGGCAGUGAAACGAAACUCGAGGAUGCCGUUGCUCAACAAGGCAGCGGGGGACCAGGGGAAGCGGCGUGCAAGACGUGA